GUCCGCGGAGUCGGGGGGUCCACGGGAGCGCGUGCGGUGCCUCGCCAUGUACCACAACAGCAGCCAGAGGCGGCACUGGACCUUCGCCAGCGAGGAGCAGCUGGCCCGCCUGCGGGCCGACGCCAACCGCAAGUUCAAGUGCAAAGUGGUGGCGAACGGCAAGGUUCUCCCAAAUGAUCCAGUCUUUCUUGAACCUCCUGAAGAAAUGACACUCUGCAAAUACUAUGAGAAAAGAUUAUUGGAAUUCUGUUCCGUGUUUAAGCCAGCCAUGCCAAGGUCCGUUGUGGGAACAGCUUGUAUGUAUUUCAAGCGUUUUUAUCUUAAUAACUCAGUAAUGGAAUAUCAUCCCCGGACAAUUAUGCUCACUUGCGUGUUCCUGGCCUGCAAAGUGGAUGAAUUCAAUGUAUCCAGUGCCCAGUUUGUUGGAAACCUGCGGGAGAGUCCUCUCGGGCAGGAGAAGGCACUGGAGCAGAUUCUGGAAUAUGAGCUGCUGCUCAUACAGCAGCUGAACUUCCAUCUUAUUGUCCACAAUCCUUACAGGCCAUUUGAGGGCUUCCUCAUUGACCUAAAGACUCGCUACCCCAUGGUGGAGAAUCCGGAAAUGCUGAGGAAAACAGCUGACGACUUCCUGAACAGGAUCGCACUGACAGACGCCUACCUCCUGUACACGCCGUCGCAGAUCGCCCUCACUGCCAUCUUGUCCAGUGCCUCCCGGGCUGGAAUCGCCAUGGAAAGUUACUUAUCAGAGAGUCUGAUGCUGAGAGAAAACAGAACUUGCUUGUCCCAGUUACUGGAUAUAAUGAAAAGCAUGAGAAACUUAGUGAAAAAGUAUGAGCCGCCUAGACCCGAGGAGGUGGCGGUUCUGAAACAGAAGCUGGAACGCUGCCACUCAGCCGAGCUGGCACUCAACGUGGCGAUGAAGAAGAGAAAAGGCUAUGAAGACGAUGAUUAUGUUGCAAAGAAAGCCAGACAGGAGGAGGAAGACUGGACUGACGACGACCUAGUAGAUUCCAUCUAAACCUUUCCAAGUUAAUUAGUCAGUGCUUAAAGUAGGAAGCAUUUGGCUCUUUAUU